AAGCUUAUUUCCACACCGCGCCACCUCAGUGCGACAGUGCAGUGCACAUGAGCAGUUGCUCGAGAUUUAAGACAACAACGUGUCACGACCUGCAUGACACCUUUUUGUAGUAAAGAUGGGGUCACGAUCAAGAAGAAUAUUAGAAAUGGCGAACGAAAAUUAUCAUCAAGAUGAGGAAACUCUAGCAAAGCGUCGGCGUAGUAAUUCUUCUAGCAGCUCCAGCUCACCUAGAAGCUCAGGUGAGGAAUCUUUCAUCGAAUAUAGCGACGAUUCCGUUAGAGACCCGAAUUUCACUGUCAACAAAGUAAUAGAAGAAAGUUCAGAUGAUGAAGAAGCUUACACCUUGACAACUCUGACUACAGUACCUCUAAACGAAUUAUCACAAGACUUAAUAGAUAGUGCAGGCAUAGAAAAUUGUGUUUCCAGUUAUAUAGACCAACUCAUAGGUACAUCUGAGGAUCCUAUUAUUGCGGAUUUAAUAUGCGAUCAGGAAGAAAAUAAAAACACACCACAGGAUGACGCUCGUGAAGACGCCGUGGCCAAGAAUAUUGAAAUUAAAACAAAUGAAAUUACUCCGACAAAGAAGGGGAAGAAGAAACAAAGACGAGAAGAAAAGUGGAAGAAAAAUAUCGCGAAAGAACUAAGAAACACCGGUAAAUCCUACACUUCCAUCAGGACUGAGAAAGUUGUGCCAGAACGUCAAAUGAAGGAGCCUUGCAAAGAUAACUGUUCAUUUAAAUGUCAAAUCAACUUUACCAUAGAACAGCGAAAACAAUUAAAUGAAGAUUACUGGAAUUUGGGUAGUAUUGAAAAACAAUGGACGUUUCUUGCCAACUCUACCGAAGUUAUCGUUCCCAAAGUUCGAUGUGUGAAAAUAGACUCUGAGGGUAACCAGAUUCCAUCCAAGCGUGAACAUGUCAAUGCAUACUUUUUUAUGUCAUCAGGUAAAAAAAUUAGAGUGUGUAAGUUAUUUUUUAAAAAUACAUUGGCCAUCAACAACCGUCCUAUAGAGACAGCCCUGAAGAAAAAAAAUAACAACACAAAUAUUGCUACAAUGAAGGAUAAGCGUGGAUCCCAUGGAAAGCAACCAAAAAUUAAUGAGGAUUUGAAGGCUGGCGUAUUAUCCUUUAUUAACGCUAUACCUAAAAUAGAAUCGCAUUACACCCGAGCUAAUACGACCAAACAGUACAUUGAUGGUAGCAAAUCGGUAGCUGAUCUGCAUAGAGAUUACGUUGAACUAUGUAAAUCUAAUAAUGCUCCUUACACGAGUUAUGCCAUUUUCUAUCGCAUUUUCAAUCAGGACUUUAAUAUAUCGUUCUUUACGCCCAAAAAGGACCUUUGUGAUACUUGCGAAGCUUACAAAAAUAGCUCCGAUGAAGAAAAAAUACUUAUGAAGGAAUCCUAUGAUACACACAUUCGAGAGAAACAACUUUCCCGAAUCGAAAAGGAAAAUGACAAGAAGAAAACUGAUACAGUGGUUGCUGUUUAUGAUCUGCAGGCCGUAUUUCAAUGCCCGAAAGGAGAAAUAUCCGUAUUUUAUUAUAAAUCUAAAUUAAAUGUUCUGAACCUAACAAUCUAUGACAUACAGCAAAACCUGGUUGAAAGCUUUGUUUGGGACGAAUCCAAUGCGAAUAGAGGAGUGAAUGAAAUAGGAACUUGUGUCUUUAACUAUCUACAAAAGGUUUGCGGAGCUGGUAAGGAUUUAGACAUCAUUUUUUAUUCAGAUAAUUGCCCUGGCCAGCAAAAAAAUAAAUUCAUGGUCGCUAUGUACUUAUUUGCGGUACAAAAAUUUCCAAACUUAAAAUCUAUCACACAUAAGUUUCUCAUUAAAGGGCACACACAGAAUGAAGGUGAUUCUGCACAUUCACAAAUUGAAAGGCAGGUGAAAAGACAAUUGAGAAGUGGACCCAUGUACACUCCAGAUGCCUUUAUAGGUGCAAUAAAAGCUUCUAGAAAGAAAAGCUCUCCUAUUCACGUUACAGAAAUAUGUUAUUCAGAUAUUUAUGAUUGGAAGGAUGUCUGUAGUCAAAUGAGUUUGGCUAUCAACAAAGAUGAGAACAACAAGUCUGUUAAAUUGGCAGGUCUUAAAGUUAUCAUGGUUCAAAAGUCUGAACCACGAGCUAUUUAUUUCAAAACAUCGUAUGAAGAAACAGAAUUUCAGAAAGCGGUUGUGAUAAGAAGGAAGAAGGAUAUAGACGUAGAGGUUAAAAGGGCUUAUACUAAUAAGCCGGGAUUGACUGACAGCAAAAAAAGAGACCUUUUAGAUUUGGUUAACAAGAAAAUGAUACCGUCGUAUUAUAGGACAUUUUUCGAAGCACUUUAAUUCGUUUAUAGAAAUUUUAAUUUUGUUAUUAUUUUUGGGAGUUUGAAAAUUUGAGAUUUAGAUAUCUAAUCUUUAUGCUAAGUACUUAAUAAAAUAGGAAUUGAUGCAAGACAACAUCAUGCAUAUUUUCAAAAUAAGAUUACCUACCUACUUCUAAAGUUAAUUUUGACACUGAUACUGUGAUAAAGAGAAGUGAGAUUAAUAUUAGUGCCUAGUUCUGUUCCUCAAAAAAGGUUGAUUGUGAUAUUUCUUUUUCCUAGAUCUGUUAUAAAUUCUUAAAUAGUAAAUAUACCUAAGUUAUUAUGGUUGUUGUAAAAGAAGUACCUACCUAAUUAUAAGUAUAAACUAUGUACCGAAGCUGCCUUUAUAAACAUGUUUUAUAAUUAAGUAAGUGUUAUAAAAAUAGUUAACGUUACCCUAAGUCAAGCAACUUGUGAUACUUUAGCAGUACAUUUCGAUUGAAACCUUUGUUUUGUUACAAAUUUUGUUGUAUACGAUAUUAUCUAUAUUUCUUUAAUUCAUAAUACCAGUUCAAAUUAUAAUUAUUAGAAGUAAGAUUGUCUAGACUGAUAAUUAAGGUUUCAAUUCAGGUACAAAAAACGCUAUUUACUUAUUUUUGUUAUAUCUGUUUGCUUAAGACUGAUUAUAAAACUUGUAAGUUCCACUUCAAAAAUAAUGUUUUUUUUUUCAA